AUGCGUGCCCUUUGGAAAGCACCUUGGAUGAGAUUGAAACUCAGCAUAAGCGACGAGCAGCGUGAUCAUCUACUCUCUCAAGACCGAGAUGCCGAUCAGAUAUCACAAGAGACUCCGACACAGACCGUCAACCCUCAAGAGCGCUACGUUGGCUUUGGUAUCGGCGGGGCUGGCAAUAUCCGCAAGGUGAGACCGCAUGGUGUUGUCAAAACAGCUGCUGCCGAAGCUAAAGAUCGGUGA